AUGGAGAAAUUUUCUUGUUAUUUCAAGAUCCUAAUUUUUAUUAUACUCAUCACUUCUUGUUUUCUCAUAGCCAAUUCUAAAACCCUAAAACCCAAAAAACCAUGCAAACAACUUGUCCUUUAUUACCAUGACAUCCUUUUCAACGUAACAAUAACAAAUUCUGCAAAUGCUACCUCUGCAAAUGUCUCGAACCCUCCUAAUGUCCUAGGAGAUUACAAUUUUGGGAUGUUAGUAGUUUUUGACGAUCCAAUAACAGAAGAUCAAAAUUUGGUGUCAACACCUGUUGCGCGAGCACAAGGAUUUUAUUUAUAUAACAUGAAGAGUAAGUAUAAUGCAUGGUUUGCUUAUACUUUGGUGUUUAAUUCAAGUGAGUAUUGUGGUACAUUAAAUAUUAUGGGGGCAGAUAUUAUAGACCAAAAAACUAGAGACUUAAGUAUUGUUGGAGGGACAGGAGAUUUCUUUAUGGCUAGAGGUGUUGUAACAUUUAGUACUGAUGCUGUUGAAGGAUUGGGGUAUUUUCGUCUCAAAAUGGAUAUUAAGUUGUAUGAAUGCUAUUAAAUUGUAUUUUCUUAAACAUUUGAGUUGAGGGUCUUUGGAAACAGUUUCUUAAUUUGGUAAGGUCUGAGUACACUUUAUUCUCCCCAGACCUCACUUAUGAAAGUGAUUUACUGGGGAGUAGUACUUCCUCCGUGUGUUCCAGUACUUCAUGCGUUUCAUUUGUUUGUCUAGUUCUGACUUGACAAGAAAUUUAA